GGCGGGGGAGAGAUUGAGAUUUAGUGCACUGCUGGGUGAAACAACCCCCCACUAACGAAGGGGAAAGCAAUAGAAGAUAAGGAAAAACAUACAAAAGGCAAAACGGCGUUUCGGUCAUCUGUUUUUUUCCCAACAAUGAGCUCAGAAAAGGGGACUUCAGUCUGCUGUUGUAAAGCCUAAUACCCUCAGAUACAGGGGAGGAGACUACAAUACAUAAACAUUCUGAAACACCAUGUCUCGUUCAGACGAGGUCAACAAGAUGACAGAAAACGUGUAUAAGGGGAUUCUGGACCAGUUCAACCCCAGUCUGAAGAACUUUGUGACCAUGGGGAAACACUAUGAGAAAGCCCUGACAGGAGUGACGGUAGCAGCCAAGGGAUACUUCGAUGGUCUGGUCAAACUGGGAGAACUGGCCAGCGACAGCCAAGGGUCCAAAGAACUGGGAGACACAUUAUUCCAGAUGGCCGAGGUGCACAGGCAGAUUCAGGUUCAACUGGAGGACGUGUUGAAGCUGUUCCAUUCUGAGCUCCUGUCCCAGUUGGAGCAAAAGCUGGAGUUGGACAUUAAAUAUCUUACCGCCACGUUGAAGAAAUAUCAGAGUGAGCGCAAGUCGAAGUCGGAAUCUAUCGAGUGCUGCCAAUCACAGCUCAAGAAGCUGCGCAGGAAGAGCCAGGGCAGUCGCCACCCCAACAAGUAUGGAGAUAGGGAGAUGCAGUAUGUGGAGCUAAUGAGUCGUCGUCAGGCUGAGUUGGACACGCUGGUUGCUGUGGGUUACCGCUCGGCGCUGACGGAGGAGAGGAGACGAUACUGCUUCCUUGUGGACCGCCAGUGUUCAGUCACCAAGCUGCUCAUCAACUACCACUGCAAGGUAAGAGAGCUCCUGUCACAGAAGCUGUCCUCAUGGCAACAGUCAUGCUCCCAGCCAACCAGACUACCUGAACGGGCCCUCAACCUGCUGCGUCACACCGCCCCUCAGGGCUCUGGGGCAUCUGGGAUAGCUGAGCUCCUCCGACAUGCCAAGCUGGGCGCUGCACAGCCAGAACAGAGGCUGUCAGUACAGGAGGUGCCUCCCUUGUUGAAUGGUGGCUCCCAGCAGCAGAGACCCAUCUCCUCUUCUUCCCAGAGUGACAUCCCCCCUCCCCAACAUUCCCCCGGACCCCAGACCUUCCGCUCCCUCGCUGCCACUGGAGGGGCUAUUGGAGGGAGUGGGGCAGGCUCCCCUCAGCAGACCAGCACGCCUAUUAGUGUCUCAGCUAGCCCCAAUGCUAACAACAACACAAGUGCUAAUGCUAUCACUACUGUUAACACUCCCACCACUUCAUCCACCUCCUCCACGGUUGGCUCCAGCCAAGCCCAGCAGACCUCUCUUCUCCUGGCCACCAGCACCUCCAGCCUUUCUCCUAGUCUGAUCCCCUCCACUGUGCUUUCUCUCAGCCAGGGUUCCCCAUCCUACUCCUCCCUACAGGGCCUGGCCCUGCCGUUGUCCCUCAGUGCCCCUCACAGUCCUCCACUACCCCACAGUGCACCUCUCUCCAGAGCCAUAACCCCCUCACUGCAUCACCAGGGAGUGCUAGGAGGAGGGAACACACCAUUGCUGUCCCAUAAUCCCAUGCUGAUGAAGGCAGCGGAGAUGUAUGGAACGUCUACGCUGCCGUUGCCUAGGAGACCAGUCAGCGAGGCCCGGGUGGGAGGGUUUAUGGGUUCCACUCUGCCCAGAGACAGAGUUCUCCCUCUCUCCAGCCCAUCUCGUGUGGAAGCCAUAUUUGCCCACGCUCCUGGGGGUUCAGAGGGCAGUGGAGUGGGCGGGGCCUGCUUACUUCACUUCCUGCCAGGCGACGCUCUCAGCCUCCUCAUCUCUGAGCCCAGAGACGGGUGGCACUAUGGUCAGAACGAACGGACGGGACGGAAAGGCUGGUUCCCGUUCUCCUACACUAAAUCCUACCCCAACACCUUGGAUCCCUCGACAGCAGCUUAUAGCUGCAGCGUUGUCAACAACAUUGUCUGUCACUCCCCGCUCCUCUCUAAGGUCAACAGUACCAGUACGGGUCAGUUAGAUAAGCUGGUCUCCCCAGGCCUGCCUGCCCUGACCCCUGAGUCCGAGGAGGAGCGCUCCUUCCCCCCUCAGAGGGUCAGCACCUUCCGCCCGCGCCCAUACAGCAUGGCCGACUCCAACCAGGUCAGCCUAAGGCCGAAGGUCAGAGGUGAAGGGGUAGAGUGGGCAGGGCCCCCUGACCGACCGGCUCUGUCAAUGCUGAUGCAAGAGCUCUCCUCAGACUUCACCUCUCCUCCACCCUCCCCAACCUGGACCAACCCAUUUGCCCAUGUCCGGCUCAGAAAGACGGUGACCAACGAUCGCUCUGCACCCAUCAUCGAAUAGGACAUGGUCUCCUUGUACAGGCAUCCAAUGGGGAGGUGUUGAAUUUGUUCUCAGAGUCCAGUAACUGUGUUGGUUGAGUUCUCAACUGUUGAGCCUUAAGAGAAAGCCUUAAGUAAACCUUUCUGUUCAUGUUGGUUAUUUACAAGUGCUGAUUAGAUGUGUAUUAAUCAGGCCUAAGUCAAAAUACAGACACUUAUGUGGUGUUAUAUUUGAAGAUAGAAGAAUCAAAGCUGAAAUUUGAGUGACAUAACAUUAAUUGUCAAAGACCCUUUGGACAAAAUGAGAACUUGAAUAAAAAUCCACCCUAGUAUUUGAGAAUUAUAGAGUAAAAAGAUGAGUGUGAGUUGGAAUUUAAAAAGCUCUGUGAUGUUAGCAAAAACACAAACAGAUGAGGGACAUUUUGUCAGAAUGUCCAACAUUAACAUUUGAGCCCUGGGCAUUACUGAUAAUUUUACAAUGUUAUUUUCAUUUUACAACACUUUUCUAGAAGUAACCUUGGUAGAAAAUGUUUUUUUUUUGUCUGUACCCUUUCAGGGACUGAUGCCUGGUAGCAGCCUGUAGUUGGGUAAUAGUUUAAUGAAUUAUAGCAUACUUUACUUGUACCAUUAGGAAUUGUCUUAAAGGACAGGCUCCUGUUUUAUCAGUAUUUUCAUUGAGGAGGAUUUUUUAGAAGAGUUAUGCAGAGAUAUGUGUGUAGGAUCCAGGAAAAUCCAAACAUGUGGAAGAAUUGUCAUAAAAUGUUUGUCAUUGUUGGGAUUCAAUAAGAGUAUGUUUAAACACAUUGUUAGCUAGGCAGAUGUAGUUCCACGAUAGAUGCAGACCUACCAAUCACUUUGUACAACUUAAUUGACAUGUUCUCUGUAUGAAGAUUUAAAGAAAAGUGUAUUGAUGUUGCUUACUGAUGUCAUCAGCAAAAUGCUGGGUAGGAAUAAGUUUAAACACCAAUAUUUUUUUAAAUAAUUUGUUUUAAUGUGCGGUAGGAUUUUUAUAAGGAAUUAUAUUUUUAAGAUCAACUGAUCAAUUUACAAAGGCAAUUGAUGUGAUAUGUUAUACACAGAAAUAUGUUGCAUUGCAAAGCUAUUGCUGCUAGUUUGGGAUGUGUAGAUUGUAUUGAGCGUUUACCUUCAAGAGUCUCUGUUAUCGACAGAAACUUAUUAAUAGAAGUAAGAAGGAGCAACCGUACAGAUGUAGGAUCUUUAUUUGAUCACUCUUUUGUUGAUGAGAAUGUUCCUGCGUAGCAGGAAAUGCAAACUUGUAGAUGUAGAUUAAUUUACAUUUCUUGUUGCUGCAGGAUUAUUUUCCUGCACCUGGCUAAAAUGAAGAUCUUACAUCUGUAACAAUGCAUCCCUGUGGGGUGAACUGUACUUCUAUUUGUAUUGGACAGGUAGAAGAGGAAAGAAACAGUGGAGGGUUUGGAGGAUGGGUUUUCCUGGACAGUAGGUCUGAGAAAUUGGCAUUGUGUUGAGGGAUAAAAGUAUAAGAAAAGAGAUGGAUUCAGCUGGUUUGUUUUUACUAGUGUCUUCUCGAUUGAUUUCGAAUUCCACUCCAACAGAUUGUUCACAUCUAGCAGAUUUUAGCUGCACGUUUACCAAUUGCAAACCGUACAGAACCUUAUUUAAAGGGCGAAGACUGAUUGUGUUUAUGAAGUCUAACUUUGAAAGUGUUGAGGAAAGUAUUUGGAAAGUGGAACAGUGUGUGAGCAAGUGUCAAUGGUAAACUAGAUGUAGAAAGUAGUAUUUUUCUCUCACUUUCUCCAUGUCUGGUGUCUCUAGACUGUCAUCUGGUAUCUCGCUGGUGUCUCUGUCAUCUAGAAAACUGCAGUUGAGAGAUUCAGGGUGGAAAUAUGUGGCUGGGAAAAUGGAGUUUCUCUUUAUGAUCUUUAUUCUGAUUUCCGGCCCUUACAGUGUAUAGUUCCUCCUCUCCUCAUGUUUCUGUAUCGUAUUAACUUGCAUCUCUAACCUAGCCUGUGAAAUGAUUGACUUUCUUGCUAUGGUAAUUCUAACACACAAUAAAAAAAAAUUGAUGUUGAUUUAAAUACUGAGUAUAGUGAAAUCACAUAGUUGAAGUUUACUUAUGUUUGUACAAAUUGCAAAAAAAAAAAACGUUUUUGAUCUUGUUUAACUUUGUUAUUCCUUAACCUUGCACCUUUUUUUCACCAUCCUAACCUUCAAAAUAUGACCUUUCAAUGUCAAUCUAGCUAUAUGAGAAUGGGAUCCAGUUGUAAAAGGCAAAAGAAAAAUGAUGCUGUGGUGACUAUUCAGGAUCUUAUAUUCCGGAAGCCUCAGUUAGUAGGAUUGUCUUAAAUACGUGUUUAAGAACUAAACAUUUGCCUCUGCCCCUACUUUUAAUUCCAUCUUUUAAUUUGUUUUGUUAUAUAAUUGUUUUGUUACUUCAUCUGUAGCUUUUUUCUCUUUAAAACAACAUUGCCUUUCCGAGACACACAACAAUCAUGGUCACUGUAUAAAACCUUACAAAUACACACACAUUCCUGAUGCCACUGUUAUUGUAUUUCUUCCCAAUGAAUACUUCAAUAAACAUGUUAAUCACUAUA